AAAACAUAAACAUGCAAACAAAAUGGCCACGAGUUUAGCAAGAUUAAAAUCCACCAUUUGUCAAGCAUGUCGACAGCAGAUAGUGUCAGUACCAGUGCGGUAUAACUCUAACAGAACGUCAGUAUGUCGGUUGAACAGAGGAUAUUAUGCUAGAAUGUAUCCUACUGUAUUAGUUCUCCCUAAUGGUGCCUCAUUAAACAUCAGAUAUAGAGAACCUAGAAAAAUAAUCAAGUUGGCAGUAGUAUUUGAUGACCUUACAGAUGAAGAAAAGGAAGCUAGAUUACGAGCGAGAAAACCUAAGAAGAAGAUUAUUAUUGAAGAUGAAGAGGAAGAUGAUUUCGAUGUUGAUCAAUAUAAGUAUUUGUGGAAGAAAGGAUGAAGGAUAUAAAUUCAAGUACCAGUAUUUAAUAACUGAUGUGUUUUAGAGGAAUUUUGAACUCUAAUCAAAAUACAGCUCAAGAUAUUUUGUUUUGUAAAUUUUCUCAGGGGCAUUUCACUCAUUCUAGACAUGUACCAAUUUUUCACCUUCAAAUUCAAAUAAAUAAGGUUCGUUAUUGAAUUUCAAACAUAUACCAUAUUCAAACUUUGUAUCAGUUUUGUAUGAAUUAUUACAAUUUUCAAUUUAAAGAAUGAGAGAAAAUAGUCAAAAACCAAAAUAUCUGGAACUUUAUUUUUAUAUUGAGGACAUUUGAAGUGGUGUGAGAUCAUGUGUUAUUAACUGAGCAGUCAACUCUUUGAAUUUAUGACAAUGUGAUUGAAAGAAUUCUUGCUGAUAUCUCAUAGAUUUUUUUUAAUAAAUGGCCAGAUUGUCC